CGUGCGAGCGUCGACCACUCGCGACUACUAUAUAAGCGCACGCGCCGCCACCACUGCAUCAGUCAACGUUGAGUUACCACUGACACUUGCCAUCAUGAAAUUCUUGAUCGUAGCCGUUCUGGCCAUCAGCGCCGUCUAUGCUGAUGAGGAGAAGAAGACAGAGAAGCGAGGACUCUCCGGCUUGGGCUACGGCGGGUUGGGCUACGCCGGCCAUGGUGUAGGCUACGACGGCUUGGGCUACGGCGGCUACGGCGGCUUGGGUUACAGCGGUUACUCGCCGGUGGCCGUGAGCAAGGUCGCGUACACGACGGCGCACGGCGGUCUCGGAUACGGCGGAUAUGGCGGAUACAACGGCCUGGGCGGAUACUCCGGCCUCGGCGGAUAUGGACUCGGUCACGGCUACUACAGCGCCCCCGCUGUGAGCUACUCUAACCAGGCUGCGUAUGCCGGAUAUGGCGGAUACGGCGGAUACGGACACGGACUUGGCGGAUACGGCGGCGUCGGAUACUACGGACAUCAUUAAUCUUUGAAAAAAUGUACAAUUUAAUACUUGAGGGCAAACUGUUCACAAAAUUUUAAAAUUAACAACUGAAACGGUUUGUCCUGUGUUUGAGUACUGCCUUGAAGUGUUUCACAUUUUUUAUCCUUGCCUCAUUUUGAAUUUACAACGAUUGUAUACUGUGAUUUUUGUAAAUAUGAAUUAUAACUACAUAUAAAUUAUA